CUUUUUUUCUUCUGUAAAGAUUUUUAAUUCCUAGCGAUAGAGAGAAUGACUAAAAUUUCUGUUGGAUUGCAACUUGUGACAACAGAUUUAAAAGUAAAACUAAACAACAUAGUGAUCAAAUCUUCACUAAGACCAAACCGAUCCAAUCCAAACAUCUUGGAGCUCUGUUUCCUCAAAACAUGUCAUCUCUGUCUGAAGCAACUCCAUCAAGACAAAGAUGUUUACAUGUACAGAGGAGAUUUGGGAUUUUGUAGUAGAGAGUGUAGAGAAAGUCAGAUUUUGAUAGAUGAGAAGAAAGAAUUAGAGGCUUCCACAAAGAUCAUGUUGGCAGCUUACAGACGCUGUAACUCCGGCGAGAACCGGAACUUGUUAAAUGAUCUACGGCGGCGACGCCAGCUAUUUAUAGUCCCUUAAAUCUACCCACUUCACUAAUUAGUAAUUCUUAUUUUUGUUUUUUAAACACCUUAGUAUAGAUAUGUGGUUAUUAUAAAAGAGUUUGUGUUAACUAAAUUCUAUUAGUUGGGCUUGAUUAAAAAAAAUUGUAUUAGUUGGAUGGUUUAAAUGUGAUAUAUGGUGAUUUUUUCAAUGGUAUACUGUGAUC